AUGGAAAUACUGUCAAAUGGAACAAUACAGUAUGCUUUGAACCUUUCUGACCAGACCAGUGAGGAAACUUACGUCACACCACAGGAUAAUUCAGCUGAUAUCAGCGCGUUCUUUUUCCCCGCCAUUGGUGCGUUUCUUAUGCUCAUGUUUGGCGGUUUACUUUUUUCAAGCGGAAGUGUCCUGUGCAGAAGCAAAAAAAUGUCGGAGGAUAAGUUCAAAAGAAAAUUUGAACAGCGAUAUGGGCGACGGAUGAUUCGUUUUCAUAACAUACCGGAGAAAAUUGCAAAAGAGCCAUCUUCUGUGCUGCAGCAAGAAAACAACGACGUCGUGGAUGCUGUUAGGAAAGAUUAUCAAGACCUACCACAGUACCAACCAGUCACUGGAUUAGUUGGCAAUAUCGCGGGAUUACUUGGGCAGACAUGCGUCGUCAACAUAUCCAAGCCGGAAAUCAGAGAUACAGGUGUAAGUCCGAUUCAUUUCAACGCAAAAGAUCGCGAAAAUUCUUCGUAUCAAGACAGAGAUGACGGGGUAGAAUGUUCUAGCAAAGACGAUUGCGCGCGAAGAAACCCCACAGCGUCCAGUGGAAUAGGUACAGAUUCUCCGGAGAGUUAUGAAGUUGAUAGUUUAGAAGAGUAUCCUAUCAGUGAACAUUGUUCUUUAAGUGCUCAAGAAGGAGAAAUAUAUGAGAUACCUGGCAGACAUCAGACGCCUAAAUUUGACCGUGGGGUGUAUAGUGGUGGACGGUCAAGUGUGCUGCAGUUAGAAAGUGCCCCAAGUACUUUAUGCGUUAAAGGCUGUCGUUGUCGCAUACACGGCGCAGGUGCUGACAAAAAGAGAACUAAGGAAGCGAAGCCUCGCGUGAACUCGAAUGAAAUUCAGAAUCAUGGGAGUGAAAAUGACGCACAUGCAACGUUGAGUGAAAUGAUAAGGCCUCAAACUCCAGGUGCAAGGAUAUCUGGUUCUCUAACUUCAGAGAAUAUCAAAGGAAUGAGUCAAAGUCCAUUGGGACGCAUGGAUUUAGAAAAGUGGCUAAACGAUGUGGAAGCGUCCCGCAGUGAAGGAGGAAAAGUCUGCACUUCAACAUCUGAGUCUCCUGACGAAGAAAUUGGGAGGUGUGGGAAUGCAACGCAUGAGAGAGAUUCUUAUUCGAGCCGAAGACGAAUGCGUGCACCUCUUCAGGAAAGUUUACAGUUGUUGGAAAAACUGCAGUUAGUUUCAGAAGAUGAUUUGCCCUUGGCUCAGAACUCAGUCCAUCGUGGAGGUCGCACAAGCUGCUUGCAAACGGUAAAGGCACCAGGCUCACUGUGUUUGGGUCCAGGUAGUUGCAAAGGACAUGGUGAGUUUCAGAUGAUGUCUAGGCAGUCAAAUUUGCCAACUAAGAUAACAGCUGAUGAGAGUUCUGAAUAUCUGAAUGACGAUCGCCAGCUGGUUACAUCAAGAACUGAGCGCCUCGCGAAAGGUGGAAGACAAAGUAGUUUAAAUUUCCUCAGAGCGUCUAGUGAAAUAUGUAUCUAUGGACCUUCGUGUAGAGUUCAUUGCCAGAAAAUGGUAGCGAACUUUCCCUACACACCUAAGAAAGGUUUUAAAGCGGAAUUACAUUCUGAGCAAACAGAACUGAGAGGUGCCAGCAUUUUUGGUGCAUUUCAAAGUGAGGAAGGAGAUAGAGGGAUCAUGAAGACUACGGCAAAACAGCGUGAAUUUGUGAACACGGAGAACAAAGAGAAUGAAAUUCGAGGGGCUAGCAUCUUUGGUGAUUUUUGCGCUGUGAGAGAAAUAAACUUGAGAGGAGCGAGCAGCUUUGCUGAGCAGCCUAAAAGUAAGGUCCAUAGUGGUUGCAGUUGUGGUGAUGUAGCGAAUAAUUCUCAAUUAUACUUGGAAGACAAUAGGGGUGCAAGUUGCUUUGCACCGAUUGAUGAAAGUACAUUUGGUACAUCAAGCGUCACAUUAAGCUUCGCAGUGGAAUCCGAUACAGAAAGUUUUGUUCUGGAUAAAACAUUGGGUCAGAGGAAAAGGACCGGGUCUGCUAUAGAGAAAGAUAGCGUGGUAGAUGAUAAGUUGACAUUUGGAAAGAAAUACCAAACUGUGGAUGGUAGCAUCCCAAUUGUUAAAAGCUCAGAAAAAAAGGAUGUUGAUCUUGUCCAAAAAGAACAUUCAAAACGUUUUGAUGAGUGCAUUUUAAAAGUGGGUAAAGACACUGAAAUAAUGUCUACACUUUUAAGCGCACUUCGCCGAGAUGGGGAAAAACGUAAACUGCAAAAGGUCAACCAAUGACCUAACUACCUUACGUGUGACAAGGAAGCUUUAGUAGGAAACCUUAAAGUGUCUGUUUUGUACAAGAAAGGUAAUUCUGUCACCCCUUUGCUUUACGUCUCUAUUUUGGGUCUUGAAGUUGCCCUAAAUGAAAAUAUUACGCCAGACUGCGAUAUUUACGUAAAAGUUUGCCUAUUUCCAAACUUCUCAACAUGGCAGCGCACAAGGACGCUAAACAUUUCGGAAAGCCGCGUUUUGAGAGACCAUUUUGUAAUAUCUGGAGUAAAAGCAGUGGAUUUAGGAGAAGCUAUCCUCCGAUUUGUGGUUGUUCGUGUAGAAGAGGACAGAAAACCCGUUGCUCAGUUGGA